CAAGUGCUAAUCAAAAUGUGCGCGAAAUUCGUAUAUGCUGUUCUGCUGGCCGGCCUUGUUUGCGGCUCCAUGGCCCUUCCCUCCCAGGACAACACCGAGCGGGACCUGGUUAACAUGCUGAACCGCCUGGACGGUGAGGAGUCCGUCGCGCUCUUCGGCGGUCUAAGGAUCGACCGCUCGGAGACGGGCCGCAGCUUCGGUGCAUCCAAGGCCGUCGAGUCCUUCGACGACCGUGCCGAACGCUACCUGGAGACUCACGAGCUGAACCUCUCCUUCUCCGGCGAUGAGCAGGAGGAGAACGCCGAGAAUGAGUACACCGGACGCGCCAUGGAUGAGUCCCGCAGCAAGCGCAUGAAGAAGCUGCUGUUGCCCCUUCUUUUGGCUUUGAAGCUGAAGAAGGCCGUCGUUGUCAAGAUUAUGUUCACCAUCAUCAAGUUCAUCUCGCUGAAGGCUCUGGCCAUCUCCUUCCUGGCUCUCAUCCUGGCUGGUGCCACCUUCUUCAAGGAUCUGCUGGCCAAGAAGAAGGAACACAUCACCACUGCUUACAUCACCGGUAGCCCACUGAACGCCGAUAUCGUGCACUCCGACUGGAGUCGCAAUGGUCAGGCAGGAGCCGCCGAUCUGGCCUACAACCAUUAUGGCCUGGCUCAGCCCUUCUAA